CAAAGCAAAGCUUGAAAUCUGCUCACAUCUCUCUAAAACUUUGAUCCCCACUCCCUCCUUUCCGCCUUCGCUUUUCCUUCGCCACUAAGGCUUCUCCUCCUUCUUCUUCUUAAGCAGAAACAGCAUCCAAAGGAGAAGCUCCUCCUAUGUGUUCUUCAAUGGCAGACACAGAUGCUGACAACAUCAAAUACCAAAAGCUUCUUUCAGAGCAAAACCAAGCAAACCCAAGUAAGUUUUACUCACAAUUCAUGUACAAAGCUGUCAUAGUUAUAGUUUUCUUAGUUAUUCUUCCACUAUUUCCUUCACAAGCCCCCGAAUUCAUCAAUCAAAGUGUUCUCACCAGAAGCUGGGAGCUUCUACACCUCAUUUUUGUCGGUAUCGCCGUCUCUUACGGGCUAUUUAGCCGGCGAAACGACGAAACAGAGAAAGAGAAAGAAAAUAACAACUCUAAAUUCGAUAAUGCGCAUUUGUAUGUGUCUAGAUUCCUUGAGGUGUCGUCAGUUUUUGAUGAUGACGCCGAAAUCACAUCUGGGUCUGAAGAGAACAAGGUCCAAACGUGGAGUAGUCAGUACUAUAGGAAUGAGCCCAUGGUUGUUGUAGCUCAAGAACACUCUGUUCUCGAUGAACAGAGAAUUUCAGGCGAGAAGCCACUACUUUUGCCUGUUCGGAGCUUAAAACCGCGUGUUCCUGAACCAGGUAUUGUCGAAUCUGCUAAUGAAUAUGAAUCUAGUGGCUCCUCUGGCUCUAACAGCAGGUCUAACUCAAAACAGAGUUCCAAAAGGUUUUCAAGCAAUUCGAAUAGAAACAGGAAUGUGGAAUUAGGAGGUUUGGAUCAGGUAGAAUUGGAAGAGAAAUUGAUGGACAACGUUGUGCUUCCUUCGCCAAUUCCUUGGAGAUCGCGGUCUGGAAGAAUGGAAAUGAAAGAAGAAGCUGAUAGCCCUCCCCUGUAUACUCUGCCUCCUUCAAUGGAGGAAUCUGAAUUCAAUCGGGUCGAAUCUCGGUCUUCAAGGUCGCUAAUGUCUCACUCAUCACGAUCUAAUUCCAACACCUGUUCGCCAAAGCUGUCUUCUUCGCUAUCUUCCCCGAGGAAGUCAUCUCCUUCGCCUUCGCUCUCAGCAGAAUCACAAGCCAAGAAUUCAGAGGAUUUGGUGAGGAAAAAGAGCUUUUACAAGUCCUCUCCCCCUCCACCGCCCCCGCCCCCACCAAUGAUUCGUACAUCAUCUUCAAUGAGGCAGAAUUCUAGCUUCAGAAGUGAACCGAAAAACAUGAAUGGAAGCGGAGGUGAAGGUCUGAUGAGCAGAGUGAAUGGUUUAGCGACAGGGAAGUCAGUCAGAACAUUAAGAGCUGGGGAAGCAGUGGCAAAGCCAACUUUCCUAGAAUUCUCCGAGGAAGAGAAGGAAGAUUUUGUCGACACGGUGACUAUGGUUUCUGAUGAAGACACGGAAACUGAAGAUGAUGACACUGGGGGAGAUUUUGUUCCAACUGACUUCGGAAGUUUUAAGAAAGAGGAAGCUGCUUCAAGCAGUGUCGGUGAUGGAGGACCUGACGUGGACAAGAAGGCUGAUGAGUUCAUAGCGAAAUUCAGAGAGCAAAUCAGGCUUCAGAGGAUCGAGUCCAUCAAGAAAUCUACCGUACAGAUUAAGAGAAACUCUUCAAGGUAAACUUGAAGAUCCUCAGGAUGGAUUAAAUUUAAAGUUGGUGUUAAAAACUUUUCUUUUUCUCUUGGUUUUGUGUUUCUAAUUUUCUGUCUUUUUCUAAUAUGGACAUCCUAUACAGAGAUUUGCGUGGUUUACAUUUGUGUAACCACCAAUUUCAACGGAGAUUACUGUUUUUCAUUUUAUGCAUGACAUGAAUCAUGAUUAUGGUUUUCAGUUC